GCCGAACUAAAUCAAACCACCCGGCUCGUUCUUAAGGCAUGCAGUCAUUUACGAGCUAACGUUGAAAACACAGCGCCAUCACAUUUUUGCAUUAGGCCUCAUUGAUCGCUGACAUAUUUUAUUUAAUGCUAGAUUGUAGAACGUAUCUCCCCGCUUGUCUGUAGAAAACAUAAAUCUACUACACCGGCGAGAACAGGAUGGAGUGGCAGCCUGAUGAACAAGGUCUACAGCAAGUGCUUCAGCUUCUGAAGGAUUCCCAGUCUCCAGACACAGCGACUCAAAGAGCCGUGCAAGAAAAACUGGAGCAGCUCAACCAGUUUCCUGAUUUCAACAACUAUCUCAUCUUUGUUCUCACCAGUCUCAAAUCGGAAGAUGAGCCGACCCGCUCCCUGAGUGGCCUGAUUCUGAAGAACAAUGUAAAAGCUCACUACCAGAACUUUCCUCCCAACGUGGCUGACUUCAUCAAACGAGAAUGCCUCAACAACAUUGGAGAUCCGUCGCCGCUCAUCAGAGCUACAAUUGGCAUUUUGAUCACAACCAUUGCCUCAAAGGGAGAGCUACAGACUUGGCCAGAGCUUUUGCCUCAGCUCUGUAAUUUACUCAAUUCGGAGGACUAUAACACAUGUGAAGGUUCUUUUGGAGCACUGCAGAAGAUCUGCGAGGAUUCUUCUGAGCUGCUCGAUAGCGAUGCUCUUAACAGACCCCUCAACAUCAUGAUCCCCAAAUUUCUACAGUUCUUCAAACACUGCAGCCCCAAGAUCAGAUCUCAUGCAAUCGCAUGCGUGAACCAGUUCAUUAUUGGCCGAGCUCAGGCUCUAAUGGAUAACAUUGACACUUUUAUUGAGAGUCUGUUUGCGCUGGCUGGUGAUGAGGACAGUGAAGUCCGGAAAAAUGUUUGCAGGGCUCUGGUCAUGCUGCUGGAAGUCCGCAUCGACCGCCUAAUCCCACACAUGCACAGCAUCAUCCAGUACAUGCUGCAGCGGACUCAGGACCCAGAUGAGAACGUGGCUUUGGAAGCCUGUGAGUUCUGGCUGACCCUGGCUGAGCAGCCCAUCUGUAAAGAAGCUCUGUCUGGUCACCUGGUUCAGCUGAUUCCCAUUUUGGUGAAUGGGAUGAAAUAUUCUGAGAUAGACAUCAUUCUUCUAAAGGGUGACGUUGAAGAGGAUGAAACGAUUCCAGACAGCGAGCAGGACAUCAAGCCUCGCUUCCACAAGUCCCGCACCGUGACCCUGCAGCAUGAGGGUGUGGAAGGUGAGGAGGGGGAGGACAUUGAUGAGGAUGAGGACGAUGACGAUGACACGCUGUCUGACUGGAAUCUCCGUAAAUGUUCUGCUGCAGCUCUGGAUGUUCUUGCCAAUGUGUUUCGAGAGGAGUUGCUUCCACAUCUCUUACCCUUGCUCAAAGGACUUCUGUUCCAUCCAGACUGGGUCAUCAAGGAGUCUGGCAUUUUAGUUCUGGGGGCUAUCGCUGAAGGUUGUAUGCAGGGCAUGGUACCGUACCUGCCUGAGCUCAUCCCCCACCUCAUCCAGUGCUUAUGCGACAAGAAGGCUCUAGUUCGCUCCAUCGCCUGCUGGACCCUCAGCCGCUACGCCCACUGGGUGGUCAGCCAGCCACCUGAUGCUCACCUGAAGCCCCUCAUGACGGAACUUCUGAAACGGAUUCUCGACGGAAACAAAAGAGUGCAGGAGGCGGCGUGCAGCGCUUUUGCCACCCUGGAGGAAGAGGCCUGCACAGAGCUGGUGCCUUAUCUGAGCUUCAUCCUGGACACGCUGGUCUUUGCUUUUGGGAAGUAUCAGCACAAGAACUUGCUUAUUCUGUACGACGCUAUAGGAACCUUGGCGGAUUCUGUAGGACACCAUCUCAACCAGCCGGAGUACAUUCAGAAGCUGAUGCCUCCACUGAUAGCUAAAUGGAAUGAGCUGAAAGAUGAAGACAAAGACCUUUUCCCUCUGCUCGAGUGUCUGUCGUCUGUUGCCACGGCACUGCAGAGUGGUUUCCUCCCAUACUGCGAGCCUGUGUACCAGCGCUGCGUCACCCUGGUCCAGAAAACGCUGGCUCAGGCUAUGAUGUACAGCCAGCAGCCCGACCAGUACGAAGCACCCGACAAGGACUUCAUGAUUGUGGCUCUGGAUCUUCUAAGUGGUCUGGCCGAAGGGCUUGGCGGCCAUGUGGACACACUCGUGGCCCGCAGUAACAUAAUGACCCUGCUUUUCCAGUGCAUGCAGGAUACGAUGCCUGAGGUGAGGCAGAGUUCUUUUGCUCUGCUGGGUGAUUUGACCAAGGCCUGCUUUCCUCAUGUGAAACCAUGUAUUGCUGAAUUCAUGCCGAUCCUCGGAACAAACCUGAACCCAGAGUUCAUCUCUGUGUGCAACAAUGCUACCUGGGCCAUAGGAGAGAUCUGCAUGCAGAUGGGAGUGGAGAUGCAGCCAUACAUAGCCAUGGUUCUGUCACAGCUGGUUGAGAUUAUUAAUCGACCCAACACUCCCAAAACCCUGCUGGAGAACACAGCCAUCACCAUUGGCCGGCUGGGGUACGUGUGUCCUCAGGAGGUUGCUCCCAUGCUCCCGCAGUUUAUCCGACCUUGGUGCACGUCUUUGCGCAACAUCCGAGACAACGAGGAGAAGGACUCUGCCUUCCGUGGGAUUUGUAUAAUGAUUGGUGUGAAUCCUGGAGGUGUCGUGCAGGACUUCAUCUUCUUCUGUGAUGCUGUGGCAUCCUGGGUGAAUCCUAAAGAUGAUCUGAGAGAUAUGUUUUACAAGAUCCUGCAUGGCUUUAAGGAGCAGGUCGGGGAGGAGAACUGGCAGCAGUUUUCCGAGCAGUUCCCCCCACUGCUGAAGGAGAGACUGGGAGCCUGCUAUGGCGUUUAGAUCCUCUACAAUUAUCCAAGAGGUGAGCCAGCAGGAGGAGGGUGAAUGGGAAACUCAUCCAUCUGUGUAUUGCACAGCCCUGAUCUGGGGGGAGGGAGAGGGACGCUUUUGGCCGUUCCCCCUGAUGGACGGCCCCCACGCCCUAUGUGUUUGUCCAUAGAGGGAGGGUGGGCGGGUGGGAG